AUGCCUGUUAGACAAUCGAAAUCUCAUCGCACGUCAAGAUCCCAAGCUCCAUAUAGAGGACCAAUCAUUAAGACCAUCCCCAAGAAGAAUUCAUUCAAAUUUUUAUCAAAACUACAGUCGUUGUUACCUUGGAAUUCUAAAAUUAAACAACAGAAUACCACUCUUCCUAACGGUAAGAAAUCUAAUGAAGAACCUAAAGAUUUCGGAAACAUAACUGACCAACCUUCAGACUUGACAAAAGACAUUAUAGAGACCAUACCUGGCGGGUUUUUUAAUUCAAAUAAUCAUAACUUAGUAGCCACUUCUGUCAAAAUACCCAAGAAUUCUAUAACCACAAGAAGAAGAGAAGAUAUUGAAUCAUCUUCUGACGAUAGUGAUUAUUAUAAUGAUGAUGAGACUAACGUAAAGGCUACAAAUGACACAUUAGCAAGGUUUUUCAGCGAUAAAGGUGAUCGUGAAUUAUCAGAGAUUGAAAGAGCAGGCGUCAUUGCAUUACUGGAACCAAAAAGAGAUCAUACAAGGAGACUGAGAAAGAUGAGAAAAAUUUCGAGAGAAAGUACUCUAUUAUUAGAUAAUAAUGAUGUUUCGAUGGAUAAUAAUAACUCGUCUAAUUUAAUGGUCUUAAAGAGCUCUGCUGAUAUAUCAUCUUUUUCACCACCAACUUUUCACCCAUCUUUCGAUAAGUCAACUGAUGAUGGCUCAAGAACUAUGGUGAAUACCCAAGCUAAAAGACGUGUUUUUGACUAUAAUAGUUUACCAGCACCUUAUAAGACAACUGUUUAUAAAUAUAGUUCUGUUGGCACUCCACAAACCUUGAGCACCAUCCAUCCCCCAGCUUCUUCAGAUACUAGUACCUCAAUUGAUACCUUCAAUUCUUAUAAAUCUCCAUCUAAUGAUAAAAACCAACCUCCAAAAAAAAUUACUGUAGCAGCAUCUGCAUUAUUGACUUUACUAGAUAAUAACUCGGAAAAGAAAGCUGAAAACAAUUCUAAAUUGGCAAAUCCAUACACUUCUAGUAACAGAGAUUUAAUUAAUAAACACAAAGUUAAUCAAACAAACUCUAGAUUACAUGGAUUAAAAGAUACCUCAUCAACAAAUGGAUCGACAUUACCAUCUCUUACUUCAUUACCAAAUGAAAAUGGUACUCCUUUUGCUGGAUCAGUUACUUCAGAAUCUAAAACAAAAAUCAAUGAUUCAAUUGAAUUAACUGCAGCUAAUACUAAAAAUAGUCAACUUGAUUCUACUGCUAAAAAACCAAAUACAAACUCUCUAUUUGGUAAUAAGUCUAAUGCAUCAACAUCAAACUCAACUGCACCAAUUUCAUUUGAUAAAUAUAAGCCAAAUAAACCUUCUUCAUUAAGGUCUAGUGUUGUAGCAACAACUCCUUCUCCAGAAAAGAUAUCUCACGAUACUAAAAAUAAGAAUCCAGAAAGUCCAAUCAUGAAAACUUCAUCAUCCUUUAAUUUUACUUUUAAAAAACAAGAAGACAGUAAGGAUGAAGACCAAAGUAAGAAAAAUUCACCAUUGUUUUCUGUUGAGAAAAUUAUCAAUAAACAAUCCACACCUAUCCUUUUUAGUACUGACACAUCCACUACAACCAACACCACCAAUGCCCAAAGUAAACCAUUUUCUUUUAUCAAUGAGAAAGGUGAGAAUAAGGAUGAUGUUUCAAAAACUGAUAUUACAGCGAAGCAAGAUGGCUCCACUAAACCAAAAUUCUCAUUUGGCCAGGCUGGUUUAAAUAAUACUAACAAAGAUUCCUCUGUUAUAGAGUCCACUACAAAACCAACUUUUUCUUUCGGUUCAUUUAGUGAUAAUAAUAAAAUCGAAGAAGACUCCAGCUUAAAAAACGAAGUUGCUCCAAUGAAGCCAUCCUUCAAUUUUAGCUUUAAACGGACUUCUGAUAAAAAAGAAAAUCUAAAUAAUACUGAUGAUAUUAAUAGUAGUUCAACUAGUAAACCAUCAGUUUCAUUUGGCUUCUCAUCAGCAACUAAUAAUGUAAAAAUUAGCGAAAAGAAUUCUGAAGAAACAACAGAUAAAUCCAAACAAAUAUUUUCUUUUGGAACCUCACCUGCUAACAAUACCAUUUCUCAACCAUCAACUACAGAAAAGAAGGAUGUAUCAACUGUAAGUCAAUCGUUUUUUAAUAACUCCAUUCCUGCAGCCAAAUCUAAUAAUUCUCCAAUCUUUAAUGACUCUCCAACUAGUACAGCUACUACUACCGCCACUACACCAACAGCAAUUGCAACUAAAUUCGACUUUGGUAAUGCAAUUGCAUCUAAUGUAGAUAAUAACUCUGUUGACGACUCCAAAGUUGAAGAGUAUAGAAUAUUAUUUAACUUUUAA